GAGGGAGAGGUGUGGCCAAACUGCUCAGCUGAGAUCCAGGUGACCUUUAAACCCCAGGCAGCCAGAGUCUAUGAAGCGAGGCUCUACUGUGACAUCUCAGGCCGUGAGGCCAGGCUGCCUCUGCACAUCCAAGGGGAAGGCCGAGGGCCCUGGCUCUGCUUCAGGUUCGACCAGCUGGACGUUGGGCAGGUGUUUGUUGGAUCAACCAACAAAUAUGAGGUGAUCCUGCACAACAAAGGAGCCAUCGAUGCUUGCUUCAGCUUGGUCUCUCCAACUACAACUCUGGGCUCCUGCUUCACCUUUUCCCCCUGUCAGGGCCUCAUUUUGCCGGAUGAGUUCCAAGUCAUCCAGAUCUGCUUCUGUCCCUCUGUCCUGGGACACUUCACAGAAGAAUUCCGGUUCAGUGUGGAAGGAUCCCCUGAGCCUGUGACCUUGACUGUCAGGGGCUGUGUCACUGGACCCACUUUUCACUUCGAUGUCCCUUGCCUCUGGUUCGGGGAUGUCUCCUUCGGCUUUCCUCACAGCCUGUCCUGUCGCCUCACCAACACCUCCUUGGUGCCCAUGGCCUUCACCCUCCGCGUGCCCGGGGACGGCGUGGCAGAGCCCAGCGUGCCCAGUGCUGUCCAGGUGCUGGACAACUCUCGCCCCUCCUGGAAGAAGAGAGCCAAGAGGCGCCUCAGGCCCUGCGAGUUCACCAUCAGCCCUUGCAGAGGCACCAUCCGUGCCCUGAGCUUCGUGGACAUCCAGGUCACCCUCUGUUCCAACACUGUGGGCACGUACGAGCUGGCACUGGUGGUGGAUGUGGAAGGUGUGGGCCAGGAGCUGUUGUCACUGCCCCUCAUAGCCAGGUGUGUGGUUCCUCAUCUGCGAGUGCUCAACCCCGUGGUGACCUUUGGCCGCUGCUACCUGCAGUUCCCUGCCCGGAAGAUGCUGACCCUGGUGAACAACAGUGACCUGCCAGGCUGCUACGGGCUUCUGCCUCAGGAGCACCAGGAGGAUGCUGCUGUGCUGUACUCCAGCCCCGUGCCCUGUGGGAUCAUUCAGCCUCAUAGCUCCGUGGAGGUGCCCCUGAGCCUGGAGGCACAGGUGACAGGGGAGCAGUACACUCCUGCCCGGGUGGCUGUGUUUGGGCGUGCAAGGCGACCACUGGAAAUCUAUUUGGUGAGCAUUGGAGAAGGCCCAGUUGUCUCCGUGCAGCCCAGCCAGAUCAAUUUUGGCAGCAUCCAAGUUUUCCAGGAGGCCUCACGGAGUCUGCACCUCUGCAAUCAGACCCCGAUCCCUGCAGCCUUCCACGCAGAGGUGUCUGGCAGAGGCUCGUGCUGGAGGAUCGAACCCAGCCAAGGAGUGAUUCCCCCCGAGAGCGAGGUGUCAGUGUCUGUCAUAGCAAACCUGGCUGACACUGAGCAGUUCCAGGCCGAGGUGCAGCUGCUGGUGGAGCACAGCCGUGGCUACGUCAUCCCCGUGCAGGCCGUCGGCGUCGGCACCACCAUCGUCACCGACAGAGCCUUGGCUCCGGCGCUCAAGCUGGGCACUCGCUUCAGGUAG